CCAGCUUGCAUGUGAUGGUUAGGACUCAGUUACCUUCGCUGAUGUGGCUGUGAACUUCACCCGAGAGGAGUGGGCUUUACUGGACCGAGCUCAGAAAAAUCUAUACAGAGGUGUGAUGCUGGAGAACUACAAGAACCUGAUCACAGUAGAGUAUCAGUUGUUCAAACCCAACCUGAUUUCUUGGUUGGAACAGGAAGAGUUGAGAAUAGUGGAGACAGGAGCCUUCCAAGAAUGGGAAACGCCACUUAAAACCAAAGACUCAGCAAUUUGCCAGGAUAUUUUUUGGGAAAAAGCAUCCGAUAGGAUAGAAAUGGAAAGCAUACACAAUGGGUGGGAACUCGGUGAUUCUGAGCAAUGUGGGAAAGUCUGCAGUGAACAUUCAGGCCUGAAGACACACAGGAGAGCUCAAAAUGGUGGGAAUACUCAUAAGGAUAAUCAGCAUGAAAAAUGCUUCAUUGCUCUGUCCAAGAAAACCUCUACUGAAGAGAAACUUGCAAUGUUUUAUCCGUGGGGAAAAGCCAUCAGCCCAACUCCAGAUGUGUACUGGAAAACUAGCAUGCAAGAGAAAGCCUUUGAAUGCAGUGUGGGUGGGAAAGCCUUUGUUAAUCAAUCUUACUUUCAGGUGCAAAGAAGAACUCACAAUGGAGAAAAAUUCUAUGAAUGUAAGAAAUGUGGGAAAGCCUUCACUAAAUCCUCAGGCCUUGUUCGCCACAUAAAAACUCACAGUGGAGAGAAGCCUUUUGAGUGUAAUAUAUGUGAGAAAAGGUUUAUAAGUCCUUCCCACUUAAUCAUUCACAAGCGUACUCACACUGGAGAGAAACCUUACAAGUGCGAAGAAUGUGGGAAAGGCUUUAGUUGUUCUGUGCACCUUAACUGUCACAAGCGAACUCACACUGGGGAGAAACCCUAUGAAUGUAAGGAGUGUGGGAAACGCUUCAGUCAUUCCUCAGGCCUUAUUAGCCACAUAAAUACGCACACUGGAGAGAAGCCGUUUCAGUGUGACACAUGUGGGAGAGCCUUUGCUGCUUCGUCAAAUCUCAGUAACCAUUUGAGAACUCACAGGGGAUGGCAGCCUUUUGAGUGUAAUAUAUGUGAAAAGAGAUUUGCAAGUUCUUCAUAUUUAGUCAUUCACAAACGUACUCACACUGGAGAGAAACCCUAUAAAUGCACCGAGUGUGGGAAAGGCUUUAAUUGUCUUUUGGGCCUUAACAGUCAUAAGCGAACUCACAGUGGAGAGAAACCCUAUGAGUGUAAGGAAUGUGGGAAAGCCUUCAGUCGAUCCUCAAGCCUUAUUGUCCAUAUAAAUACUCAUAAUGGAGAGAAGCCUUUUAAAUGUGACAAAUGUGAGAAAGCCUUUGCUACUUCCUCACAACUGACUAAUCAUUUUAGAACUCACACUGGAGAGAAGCCUUUUGUAUGUAAUAUAUGUGGGAAACGAUUUACCACUUCUUGGUACUUAAUCAUUCACAAGCGUACUCAUACUGGAGAGAAACCCUAUAAAUGUAAGGGAUGUGGGAAAGCCUACAGUCAUUCCUCAGGACUUAAUGACCAUAUAAAAACUCACAGUGGAGAGAAACCUUUUAAAUGUGACAUAUGUGGCAAAGCCUUUGCUACUUCCUCAAAAGUGACUAGACAUUUUAGAACUCACAGUGUUUAG